CGGGCUGCGCGCUGGGCAUGCUCAGUCGCCGGGCGCCGCGCUCGCGAGUCGGAAGCCUGCGCGCGGCCCCCGAGCCGGCCCCGGCGCUCGCAGAGCGCGCGGAACUCGCUGCAGCGGAGGCCGGGCGGCGGCGCACGCCGGGCGGGGAGCGAGCCGAGCCUUGCGCGGGGCUCCCGAUCCCCGGGCGGCGGCGCCGGCUCCCUCGCACCCUCGCCGGCUAGGGGCCGGCUGCGGCUCGCGUCGGUGGCGUCCUCGCCGCCUGCCCCGGCCGGGCCGCGUCCCGGAGCCGUCGGGCAUGGAGCCGUGGAGACAGUGCGCCCAGUGGCUCAUCCACUGCAAGGUGCUGCCGGCCAACCACCGGGUGACCUGGGACUCGGCGCAGGUGUUCGACCUGGCGCAGACCCUCCGCGAUGGAGUCCUCCUCUGCCAGCUGCUCAACAACCUCCGGGCGCGCUCCAUCAACCUGAAGGAGAUCAACCUAAGGCCGCAGAUGUCCCAGUUCCUCUGCCUGAAGAACAUACGCACGUUUCUGGUGGCCUGCUGCGAGACCUUUGGCAUGAGAAAGAGCGAACUCUUCGAGGCGUUCGACCUGUUUGACGUUCGUGACUUUGGAAAGGUGAUAGAAACAUUGUCGCGACUUUCUCGAACACCGAUAGCAUUGGCCACAGGGAUCAGGCCCUUCCCGACGGAGGAAAUCGUCAAUGAUGAGGACAUCUACAAAGCCCUGCCGGACUUAAUCGACGAAACGCACGUGGAUGGCGAAGAGGGCUUCUACGACUGCGUGUACGGGGAGGAUGAGGGCGGCGAAGUCUACGAGGACCUGAUGAAGGCGGAGGAGGCGCACCAGCCCAAAUCUCCAGAAAAUGACAUACGGAGUUGCUGCCUAACAGAAAUCAAGCAGACGGAAGAAAAAUACACAGAGACGUUGGAGUCCAUAGAAAAGUAUUUCAUGGCCCCGCUGAAGCGGUUCCUGACGGCCGCAGAGUUCGACUCUAUCUUCAUCAACAUUCCUGAACUUGUAAAAGUUCAUCGGAACUUAAUGCAAGAAAUUCAUGAUUCCAUUAUAAACAAAAAUGACCAGAAUUUGUAUCAAAUUUUCAUUAACUACAAGGAAAGGCUGGUUAUUUAUGGGCAGUACUGCAGCGCGGUGGAGUCGGCCAUCUCCAGUUUGGACAACAUUGCGAAGACGAAAGAGGACGUGAAGCUGAAACUGGAGGAAUGUUCCAAGCGAGCCAAUAACGGGAAAUUCACCCUCCGAGAUUUGCUCGUGGUCCCGAUGCAGCGCGUCUUGAAGUACCACCUUCUCCUCCAGGAACUGGUCAAGCACACCACCGACCCUGUCGAGAAGACAAAUCUGAAACUGGCUCUUGAUGCUAUGAAGGACUUGGCACAGUACGUGAACGAAGUGAAGAGAGAUAAUGAGACCCUUCGCGAAAUUAAGCAGUUCCAGCUCUCCAUAGAGAAUCUGAACCAGCCGGUCCUGCUCUUCGGGCGGCCGCAGGGGGAUGGGGAGAUCCGGAUAACCACCCUAGACAAGCACGCCAAGCAGGAAAGGCACAUCUUCCUGUUUGACUUGGCGGUGAUCGUCUGCAAAAGGAAGGGCGACAACUAUGAAAUGAAGGAAAUAAUAGAUCUCCAGCAGUACAAAAUCGCCAACAACCCCACGACCGAUAAGGAAAACAAAAAGUGGUCUUAUGGCUUCUACCUCAUCCACACCCAAGGACAAAAUGGGUUAGAAUUUUAUUGCAAAACAAAAGAUUUAAAGAAAAAGUGGCUGGAACAGUUUGAAAUGGCUUUGUCCAACAUACGUCCAGACCAUGCCGACUCCAACUGCCAUGAGUUUAAGAUGCACACCUUCACCCGGGUGACCUCCUGCAAGGCCUGCCACAUGCUCCUCAGGGGCACCUUUUAUCAAGGCUACCUGUGUGUUAAGUGCGGUGCGAGAGCACACAAAGAAUGUUUGGGGAGAGUAGACAGCUGUGGUAGAGUUACUUCUGCUGAGCCGGGGAUGCUGAAAGCACCGGAGAAGCGGACCAACGGGCUGCGGAGAAACUCCAGACAGGUGGACCCAGGUCUACCGAAGAUGCAGGUCAUCCGGAACUAUGGCGGGAUGCCCCCGCCCCCGCUGCACGAGGGACCCCCGCUGCACAUCCAGGCCGGGGACACGGUGGAGCUGCUGCGGGGGGACGCACACAGCCUGUUUUGGCAGGGUAGAAACUUAGCAUCUGGAGAGGUUGGGUUCUUCCCAAGUGACGCGGUCAAGCCCUGCCCGUGCGUGCCCAAACCAGUAGAUUAUUCUUGCCAACCGUGGUAUGCCGGAGCCAUGGAGAGAUUGCAGGCGGAGACCGAACUUAUCAACAGGGUCAACAGCACCUACCUGGUGAGGCACCGGACCAAAGAGUCAGGGGAGUACGCGAUCAGCAUUAAGUACAAUAAUGAAGCAAAGCACAUCAAGAUUGUAGCCAGAGACGGCUUAUUUCACAUUGCAGAAAAUAGAAAAUUUAAAAGUUUAAUGGAGCUUGUGGAGUACUACAAGCAUCAUUCCCUCAAGGAAGGGUUCAGAACCUUAGACACGACUCUCCAGUUUCCGUACAAGGAGCCAGAACACUCAGCGGGACAGAGAGGCAGCAGAGCGGGCAACAGCUUGCUGAGCCCGAAAGUGCUGGGCAUCGCCGUGGCGCGCUAUGACUUCUGCGCCCGGGACAUGCGCGAGCUGUCCCUGCUGAAAGGCGACGUGGUGAAGAUCUACACCAAGAUGAGCGGCAACGGCUGGUGGAGAGGGGAGGUGAAUGGCAAGGUGGGCUGGUUCCCGUCCACGUACGUGGAGAUGGACGAGUAGAUGCUGACCCGUGUGGCACCGGCGCCAGAGACCCAGACAAGGGGCCAGCGAAGCGGGCACAGCACUGUGAUGGAACCAGAGUGCUGCAGAAGCUGUGUCUCCGGCUGUCCCGCGUCCUCCCUCCUACGUCUCAACGUGGGGUCUGAAAACACUGGUCCUGACAGAUGAAUGUCUUGCCUGGAGCUGGCCGGGGAACGGCCGACCAGCCAGCCGGUCGUGGUCAGGAACCGGGGCAACGCCAAAAGCUUUUGUUUCCCAAAGACCCCUGCACACACCUGGGCUCACCCUUCUUUCCCCUGCGUCCGGUUGGACCGCCCACCCACCACUGGAAGAGGCAUACCCCGUCUUUCUUCUCCCGUGCCCGUCACAGGGUCCCUCUGCGGGACAAAGCAGCAGAGUCUAACUUUGUCCCCCUUCCAGCACAAAGGCAAAGGGGAGCUCCACCCUCCGUGCAGCCCAGCGGAAGGAAGGGUCAGCCGGACACGUCUUGCACGGCCUCCCAGGGUGACUCGUUCAUUGCCUGGCACACACUUUUACCUAAUUAUUCAUUCGAUAUCCUGAUCAUCUCCGCAGACUGCUUUACAAAAGGAAAGAGCACAUCACAGAGAGAGUGGCUUCCGGGGUGCUCUUCACCGCCCGUGUGACUUCCUAGGUGGGGUUCUUUGGGGACCGCGGCACCUCGCCUGGUGACAUCACCUUGGCUGGAAGCUGCAGGGAACCCGAGUGAGGGGACAGCACUCACAGAAGCGGGUUCAGGGCUGUAAUUCACAUGAGGUCACAUCACACGGGAGCAUCGUCUAGGAACACCCCCAUCACCCCCCCGCUUGCCCCCCCCCCCAACCCGCACGGGACACAGUUGCCGGGUUCCCUGUUUCCCCGCAGCAGUCACAGGAGCAGCGGUUUGCUGAGGACUGUGGGAGGAAGUCACAGCUGGGUCCUGGGUGCAUUUCCAGGGCUGGAGGGACACUCAGGUGUCCCGGUCUCUUUCUCAGCGGGGGCCCCCAGCUUCUCGCGCAGGGUCUCCCCACCAGCCGGCCCUUUCUGGGGUGUAGUAACCAAGGAAAGAUCAGGCUUUGCUGUGGAUUUAUCUGACCAAACCUUCCCCUCUUAUGUGAGGACCUGAAACAUGUCCCCCCGGGGUGCUCGGAGUGCCCGGUCCUGCAGUCACCUGAAGGCGCGCACUCGGCCCUCCCCUGAUGACAUCGGUUUUCCGCAGCCGGGGUCGUGCCCUGACGAGACGCAGUGAGUGGAGGGAACAAGACAGAGCAUUAGAAGCAUCACCUGGAUAGACUUUGGAUCGGCCCUGAAGUGAGGGCGGUGGCCCUGCUUACCCCCAAGCCACUCGACCCCCAGACCCUGACAGGCAGCGGCUGCCGCCCCUCCCGUCCCCCAGAGCCCCUGCUGGCUCCGCCUCCCCAGUAGGAUCCACGCAGGCCCUUACCUCAGAGCUACGUCAACUGUGAUCGUGUGCUAGAGCCAUUCCUGUUCUCCAGAACCAGUUGAGUUUCGUUUUGUACGUGUGUAAAUGACCACGAGGAUGGAUUCUGUGAAGCGCUCUGUGCGGCGGGGUCGCGCCCCCACGGAGUGGUCCCGGCGCGGACGCUGCGUCCGGAGUCCUGCCUGCGACUCUGUGUCUGGGCGCUUUGUCUGUUACGUCCGUUUCUGUGGCGACAGCAGCGUCACGCCGGCCGAGACACUCCCGGGCAGGGCGCUGUGGCUGGUGUUUCUCUCGUCGUUGUCUCAGCCACCGGGCUCCCUCCCCUGCGGUGGUGUUUGGUCUCCCCGAGCAUUUCAUGGGCCCGGGCGGGCGGGGCCCCAGCAGAAGGCCCAUCACGCACGCCUUUGUCCGGUGCAUACUUUGUACUGGAACCGCAACAUGCUGCGGUUCGUGUCGAUUUCUGACGCCAAAGACAAGUCAGUGUUCUCCCACGUGCUUUGUCUUGCCUGUUUGCAGCCUCGUGUGAUACGGUGAGCUCGAGUGGUGUUUCACUUUGUAAUAUUUUGUAAAUAUGUCAAUACGAUAAAUAGUUACCACUUGCAUUAAAUGGGUCUCUCC